AUGGUCAAGGACCUCAAAUCCCUGCCUGCCCCGGCCUUCAACCUCCCCGCUACAGCCAGGAUCAAGCAGCUCCACAACGACGCUGUUCGCCAUCUUAGCAACAACCCACCUGAUUGGUUAGAUGCCGAUUCCAUCCUCGACCUUCACAUUCACGAGCUGCCUAUCGCUUCGUCUUGUCUGGACUUGACCAUUGAGGAGACAGGUCUUACUUCGUGUCUCAAGGAUGGCGUCCUCACUCUCUAUGCUGUCCCACGUCCUGCCUCGACCACCCGCUCAACCCACCCUACUGCUAGAGUCGGCAAGAAUGACCUCUUCGCUGCCGGCCCUCACUGGCAACCAGACGUACCACAGUCUGAUCGUGGUGUCGCUAUGUUCUUGUCAUCUCUUAGAGUUUUUGCUCACCUGCUGAAGAGCAACUCCAUUCCAGACGAGCACAGAGACAGAGUCGUCUAUGUCUUUGAUCUGCUUUGCUCGUUUCCCCCUGCCGUACGCGCUCUCCACUUGUUGAUCCAGGGACGCACAAUCUCUCACAUGGCCAGUGCCGCCCUGAGCCAAGCCUUAUACUGCGUGCUUGAAGAUUUGGGCCACAAGAAACUCAUCAAGAACGAUAAUGCCAGGCUCUUCGAGGGUGCCCGUCUGGUUUUCGGUCUCAUCAUGGAAAAGGCAAACCAACUCAAGCCAACCAACUUUGUUGUGCCUGUCUAUUCGUCGCAGAUCCACAAAGUGCAGUUCCAAGCUUCUGGUCCCGCUGCAUCUCUCGACCUCAUGCCUGUUGGCGGAAACAACGCUCGUCCUGCCGCAUCAAUAUAUGUCCAGCCCAACCCCGAAUCAGGAGAGCUGAAUUUGGAGCUGCUGUCAGAGUCUGAGCAGAGCGCUGUCAUCUUCAGCCCUCCAGAGGACCUUUUCGCUCGCGGCCAGACCCUUGAGGAAGUCAUCAGCCCUAGUGAUCUUCGCAACUUGCACCAGCUUGCGAACCUCUGUGGCAAGGUCUCUCUGUCAGUCAUCAGACCAUCUUUCUUGUCUUCGGUCGCGCCUGAGCACUUGACCUUCGACUCAGAGGGACAUCUCGCCGUCUAUACUGGCAAGGCUGACUGCGCUGGUCCUGGUGAGGACACUGUCAUCUUUCGUCCAUUGCACGGCGAGGAGACUCCCAACACGGGUCAGGUGGAGCAGCAGCUUGCUCCUAUCCUUGAGACUUAUGAGCAAGAUGGCACCAAUGUCUUUGAUGUGCUCGGCUCUUCCAAAGCCCGAGCCCUCGAGCAACCUGAUGAAAUAGUCGUGUUCGCUGUAGACUGCAGUGCCAGUAUGUCAGGAUCAACCAAUCUCUUGGGUAUCGACACCGGUCCAGAUAUCUCCCGCGAACCGGACAUUCAUCAGAUCCCCCCUCUCGCAUACGUCCAAGCUGUCCUCGAAGAGACCAAAAUGUCUCUCUCUGAACACGAAGCAUAUGGUGACAUACUGGGCUGUGUGGUCGAUACUUCCCAUGCUCAGCGACCUGAAAGUGCGGCCAAAAUGCUGAAUUUGCUUUUCAACAUGCUCAGCGAAGAGGCUGCAAGCAUCCAUAGAGAGCCCAUUUACAGCGUGUAUCAGCGCCAACAGAACAACAUUAGGACUGACAAGCUGGAGCUCUUCGCUGCUGGCAUCAAACGCUUCGAGCAACAACUCAUCGACAUGAUGAUCCUUCACGCAAUGUCUACGCCUGCAAAGGAAUGGAAGUGGAAGCAAGGUGAGGAGAUUCCUGGGCGUACACAGGUUCCACCUCUCCCAAACGAAGUCACCUCCAUUCCUGACGCUCUGAAAUGUCCCAUCACGCUUGGUCUCAUUGAGGAUCCCGUUGUAGCUGCUGAUGGCCAGGUAUAUGGUCGUCAGGCCAUACGCAAAUGGAUGGCAAUCAGACGUUCCUCCCCACUGACAGGUCUGGACUUUGAGGACACGGAACUCACUCCUCAUCUUCAGUUGGCUGAGCAAGCAGAGGAGUGGUUACAGGCUAAAGCUUUUCUCGAGCUCGAGGAACGUCCGGUCAACAAGCGUCGCCGCACCUCACCUCAUCCUAACACGAUUACGUUCUCGAAUCCGUCUCACCACUUCACUCGUGUACUUCCACCUGAUACAACCUUGCUCGACUUGUUCAAAGUCGUAUUCCGUGCCAUGAGAGGUCGCUACAAUACUUUCCAGCUAUCUUUCAAUGGAUUGCUCCAGCCAACUGCGGCUACAAUCUCUUCUGUGGGUAUCGUAGGAGGCAGUGCCAUCACAAUCAUCAUUCCCGACGAUACCAACACAAUCCAGGCGGGAUCGUCGCCGCUUUGUCUGGUCAAGGUGUAUUCGAGCUCGUCAACCCAAGCCCCAGACUUCUGUUUCUGGGUCCCGAAGAAUACUCAAGUCUCUUUCAGAUCUCUUACCAUCAAAUGGUGGCGCGUUCUUUGGGCACGUCAACCUUGGCUCAAGUAUGUGAAGUACGAGAUCUGGACAGACCUCAAAAGCAACGGGGACAACCACUAUGUGGGUAAUAUUGCCGAACAUCGAGAGCUGCUCCAAAACUACCUUACCACCUGGCAUGCCUUCGGCACACUCGGACCUGAGCCUGUGUACCUGGUCGAGUCAAGUGGCUCGACCGACUCUGAAGACCCCUACAGCGAUGAAGAUAAUGGGCAAGCCUACAAACCUCUGGUGUUGAAGAUCAAGUUCUCGGAGGCAGCUGGUCACGAAAAGAGGAAACGUGCUCUAUCGCGUCUGCAGGUGUUGAAGCAAAUGUUCGAGGCCAUGAUCAAUCGUAUGAUUGCGUACUCUUAUAAGACACAUAUCGGCUUGGUCACCUUCGACUCGACAGCGAUCGUUUCUCAGUCCAUCACACAUGUCAUCGAGAACUUCAGAAGAAGUGUGGAGAAAAUGAGAGCAAAGGGUGACACUGCGCUCUGGGACGGAAUCAAACUUGCUCAGACGGAAAUCAUGAAGCACGCAGAAAGAUACCCUCAAGCACAACGCCGUAUCAUAUGCCUGUCUGAUGGCAAUGAUACCAAAUCAGUUGCUGGCCCUGCGGAUCUCUGCUGGCAGCUUCGUGAGAACAAAAUCGCUGUCGACUCGGUUUGCAUCGGACAGGAUGACAACAUGGACCUGAAAGCUCUCUCCAUCAUGCUCAAGUCCUACUGCUUCUACCCUAAAGAUCUCACCACCGCGCUCGCCAUUUGUGAGAUGGAGUCUGUCUUGUCUCAGACGGAGCGCCCAGCCCCGGCGGCCACUCCCGAUCUUCCACGCAGCUCCGCUUUGAACAAUUUCUACGCAAUGCGCCAUCGUGCUACUUUCACCGUCGUCACGCAGGAUGUGUUCCCCAAGCGCAAGGAACAUCCCAGACUGGAGGACACGUUCAUCCAGCUGGCCAAUUGUGUUCGUUCAAAUGCCAAUCCACAAUCCAGUCUUCCCACUCUGAGAGCAUCUCGUCUCCUUGUCGAGAUGCGCAACAUGGCUGCCGAUCCGCAUCCGAUGUAUGACUGUUACGUUUCUGAGGCUGACAUGUUUUUCUGGAAGAUCGUCAUUGAAGGCCCCCCUGAGACCCCAUAUGAAGGCUGCGCUUUCUUGCUGUACCUUGAGAUGCCGGAGAACUUCCCUGCCUUCCCUCCACAAGGUCGUUUUGUGACUCCAGUGUUCCAUCCCAACAUCAACCGCCACGGCCGUAUCUGCCACAGUAUCUUUGACCGUGACUGGACCACUGAUACUACCCUCAAGAACGUUCUUGAUACUGUCUAUGGUCUUCUGCUUCAGGCUGAGACAGGUGAUGCUGUACACACCACCGUCACUCUCGGCUUCCACCACGAUGAGGUUGCCUUUGCGGAAGAAGCUCGUCGUUACGCCAGAAAGCACGGCAGCAAAUCUCGCGAACAAUGGGAGUACGAGUUGCUC